UGGGGCCGGAUGAUUUCCUUUCACUUUUACGCCAUUUCCUUUCUAUCAAAGCAACCAUACAGAGGAAAUACUAUCUCUUCCUUUCUCUUUCCUUUUCUUCUCAAAGAUUGAUCCCAGCCACUUCCUAUUGUUCUCAAUCACUUCCUAUUUUUUCCUUCAAUUCUUUCCACUGCAAAAAAAUAAAGCUGAGGCGCUAGUUGGAGGGGCAUUUCUCUCUUGCCUUCCUCCAGGUUUUGUUUGACGGGAUGGUUUCUCACGAGGUACUAGAGUUCUUCAGCCGAUGGAAUCUUAAUAGUGAACCGCUGAGGAAGUUGAAGACAACUCUAUCAGUUAUCAAUGCAGUCCUCAAUGAAGCAGAAGAGAAGCAGAUAAAAAACCCAGUUGUCAAACAGUGGGUUAACAAGCUAAAAGAUGCUGCCUAUGAUGCUCAGGACUUGCUGGAUGAGAUUGCUACUGAUGCUGCAGUCUACAAGUUAAAAGCUGAAAUGAAAAUUGGCACAAGUAAGGUACGAAGCUUCAACUUGACUUCUCGUAGUUCUUCUUACAAGGGAAUAGAACUUAAGAUAGAAGAGACUCUAGGUAGACUAGAAUAUCUUGCAAAACAAAGAGACCUCCUUGGUCUCGAAGAAGGUGGUGGUUGUGAGAAACCAUCACAAAAAAGGCCGACGACUUCGUUGGUAGAAGAAUCUGCUGUAUACGGUAGAGAUGGAGAUUUGGAGGCCAUAAUUGAAUUGUUGCUAGCAGAUGAUGGCAGUGGUUAUAACAUAAGUGUGAUUCCCAUAGUGGGUAUGGGUGGUGUAGGCAAGACCACACUUGCUCAGCUUGUAUACAACAACAAGUUGGUGACGGAGUGUUUUGAUGUUAGAGCAUGGGUUUGUGUUUCACAAGAAUUUGAUGUACUUAGGAUCACUAAAACUAUUCUUGAGGCAGUGACUUCGUCAAUAGGUGAUACUGACGACCUAGAUCUACUCCAAGUUAGGUUGAACAAGAGCCUUGUGGGAAGGAAAUUUCUGAUUGUGUUAGAUGAUGUUUGGAAUGAGAAUUACUUGGAUUGGGUGGUCUUACGAAUCCCUUUCAAAUCUGGGGCAUAUGGAAGUAAGCUCAUCUUAACAACACGUAAUGAAAGUGUUGCAUCAAUUGCAGGCACAGUUCCAACCUACCAUCUAAAGCAUUUAACGGAUGAAGAUUGUUGGUUAUUAUUUGCAAAACAUGCAUUUGGCAACCGAGAAUCUAAAGAACAUCCAGAGCUGGAAUUAAUUGGUAAGAAAAUUGUGAACAAGUGCAAAGGCUUGCCUUUAGCUGCAAAAACACUUGGUGGUCUCUUACGCUCGAAGUUGGAUUCUAAGGAAUGGCUUAGGAUAUUGGAGAGCAAUAUAUGGAGUUUCUCAGACUGCAAAAGCAAUAUUCUUCCAGCUCUUAUAUUGAGCUACCAUUAUUUACCUUCACAUCUAAAGCCAUGCUUUGCUUAUUGUUCAAUAUUUCCAAAAAAUUACAAAUUUAAAAAGGAGGAAUUAGUGCUCUUAUGGAUGGCGGAAGAUUUUUUGCCUAAAAGAGAGAAUUUAGAAGAAGUAGGUAUUGAGUACUUCUAUGAUCUAGUAUCCAGGUCAUUCUUUCAGAGGUCAGGUGGUAAGAAUUCAUGCUAUGUUAUGCAUGACCUUUUGAAUGAUUUAGCUUUAUUUGUCUCUGGGGAAUUUUGUUUUAGAAUGGAGACAGACAAUUCAUAUGAUCUGUCAGAAAAGACUCGGCAUUUUUCAUAUUCUAGAUUGAAGUUUGAUGCCUACGAAAAAUUUGAAGCCUGUCUUGGAGCCAAGGGUUUGCGAAGCUUUCUACCAUCAAAUUUGUCAGUGCGGUCUGGAUGCUUAAGUAAAGAAGUUAUUCUUGACUUAUUACCAGCACUGACAAGCUUAAGGGUACUAUCUCUAUCUGACUACUGGAAUUUGACAUUUCUACCAGACUCAAUUGGUAAUUUAAAACAUUUACGAUAUUUAAACCUUUCUCGCACUGCAAUCAAAGUAUUACCUGAUUCAGUGUGUACUUUACACAAUUUGCAAACAUUAUUGUUGGCAAGUUGUCAUUCUCUCACUGAGUUGCCUGCCAACAUGGGAUGGCUAAUUAACUUGCAUCAUCUUGAUAUUAGUGGAACAAACUUGAUAGAAAUGCCACUGCUAAUGGAUAAAUUGAAAAGUCUCCAAACAUUAACUUCUUUUAUUUUGGGAAAAAAAGGUAGCUCUGGCCUCAAAGAGUUGGGGGAGCUCCGGCAACUUAGGGGAAGCCUUUCAAUUUUGAAGUUGGAAAAUGUUGUUGAUGCUAGAGAUGCUUUAGAGGCUAAUUUGAGGGAUAAGUUGCAACUUAAUGAAUUGGUGUUAAAGUGGGGUGGGGAUACAGAUGACUCCAAAAAGAAUAGAGAUGUACUAGACCAACUGCAUCCUCAUGUAGACCUGACAAAGCUUACCAUUGAAAAUUAUGGUGGCACAGUUUUUCCAGACUGGUUAGGACAUGAAGCCUACAAUAUUGUAUCAAUCCAAAUUCAUAAUUGUAAGUAUUGCUACAAAUUGCCACCGUUUGGGAAACUGCCCUCUCUGAAGAACCUCUCUAUUGUGGGAUUAGAUGGAGUAGUGAAUAUUGGUAGAGAGUUUUAUGGGACUCCUGCUUCUGGGCGCAGGCCAUUUGGAUCGCUAGAAAAUUUGCGCUUUAAAAACAUGUCAGAAUUGCAAGAGUGGCUUCCUUUCACGGAUGACAAUGGAGGUGCAAUAGCUUUCCCUCGUCUCCAACAGCUUUGUAUACAAAACUGUCCUAAACUGAGCAUGGGUCUUCCCAAUGGCAUUUUUUCUUUGAAAUCAAUUGUGAUUGAUAAAUGCCAGCAGCUUGUCGCUACACUUCCAAGUGCUCCAGCCAUCCGUCAAGUGAGGUUACAAUAUUGUCAUAAGGUGGUGUUGAAUGAAUUACCACCGCAAGUGUUGAAGCUCAAAAUUAUCGGAUAUGACAACUUGGAGUCCUUACCUAUGGACAACAACAACAACUGCCUUGAAGAGCUAGAUAUCUCUGAUUGUCCAUCUCUCACGUUGCUUCCCAGUAGUGGUAUUGCUGAUACACUAAAAUCACUUGGUGUUAAGAACUGUGGGAAAUUACUGUUUCCGAUGCACCAUCGUUAUGCUUCCUUUGAGAGUGUGUGCAUAAGAAGUAGUUGCGAUUCUCUGGUGUCCUUUCCAUUAGAUUUAUUUCCAAAGAUGAAUCAUCUUGAUAUCCACGGAUGUCAUAACCUUCGGUCCCUUUCUGUUUCAAAUCAAGGGCCGCUUCAGUAUCUUAAAUCUCUCAGAAGCAUAGUAAUCAGUAACUGUUCCAACUUUGUGUCCUUUCCCGAAGAGGGACUGCCUGCACCCAACCUUACCAGGUUCAGUGUUGGUUACUGUAAUAAUCUGAAGGCACUGCCUGACCAGAUGCAUACCUUGCUCCCAUCCCUUCGGGCUUCGAGUAUUCGGCUUUGUCCAGAACUUGAGUCAUUUCCAGAUGGGGGGUUGUCAACCAGUUUAAAUGCACUUGAAAUCCUUUUUUGUGACAAACUUAUCUCCAGCCGCACAGGGUGGGGUUUGCAAGGACUGUCUUCUCUUAGAAGCUUCUGUAUCAGGGGUAGAUGUGAAAAUGUGGAGUCCUUUCCAGAGAGGGCGCUGCUGCCCUCUUCUCUUACAUCCCUUGAAAUCUGGAAUAUUCCCCAUUUGAAAUCGCUGGACGGCAAUGAGCUUCAACAUUUCACCACACUUAAAAAAUUGGGAAUUGGCUGCUGCCCAAAUCUGCAGUCCAUGCCAGAAGAGGGUCUGCCAAAAUCGUUGUCAUUUCUAAGUGUCAAGAAAUGUCCAUUGCUGAAAACUCGGUGCCUUAGGGAGAAAGGGGAAGACUGGCCCAAGAUAGCUCAUAUACCCAUCAUAAAAAUUGAUGAAAAAGUGAUCUGAAUAUGAUGAGCUUAAUUUCUACUGGAACCCAGCUCUUCAAUAUAUCCAACUUCUU